GAAAAAAAAACCAUGUGACGUAGAGUCCAAGAUGGCGGCUCCCCUCUCCACGAUGAAAUUUUGGAAGCCGGGGUCUGAGGCGCCAGGGAUCUCCGAGGAACGCGAGCUCAACUCAGAGACCACCGGCUCCCCCGUCAUCUUUAACCCGCACACCGCCCUCUCUAUCGAGAAACAACGACAAAAACUCCCCGUUUUCAAGCACAGAAACAACAUCCUUUACCUGGUGGAGAGCUAUCAGACUGUCAUCAUUGUUGGAGAGACCGGCUGUGGGAAGACAACACAGAUACCUCAGUACCUGCUAGAGGCUGGCUGGGCAGCAGAGGGGAAGGUGAUUGGAGUGACACAGCCCCGACGAGUGGCUGCUAUCUCUGUAGCUAACCGUGUAGCAGAGGAGCGGGGGGCCCUGCUGGGACAUGAGGUGGGAUAUACAAUCCGAUUUGACGACUGCUCUGAUCCCCAAGCCACACGGAUCAAGUUCCUUACAGAUGGCAUGCUGGUGCGGGAGAUGAUGUCUGAUCCUCUUUUGAAAAAAUACAGUGUGUUGAUGUUAGAUGAGGCUCAUGAGAGAACCCUAUACACAGACAUAGCCAUUGGACUACUUAAGAAGAUCCAGAAAAAGCGGCGAGACUUGCGGCUGAUCGUGGCCUCUGCCACUCUGGAUGCCAAGAAAUUCCAUGACUUCUUCAACCUGAAUGAGUCGGGUGAUCCCAACAAGGACACGUGUGGUAUUCUGACAGUAGAAGGACGCACCUUUCCAGUGGACGUCUUCUACACUGUCAGUCCUGUCCCAGACUAUGUAAAGGCCACGGUGGAGACUGUAAUGAAGAUCCAUGAGACGGAGGAUGAUGGAGAUGUCCUGGCUUUUCUUACAGGACAGGAUGAGGUGGAAAAAGUGGUAUCCCUUCUGCAGGACCAGGCCAGGACUCUGUCACGAUAUGGCAUGAAGAAACACUUGAGAAUUUUGCCCAUGUACUCCGGUUUACUGUAUGCUGAGCAGAUGAAGGUCUUUGAGCGAGCGCCUACCUCUGUUCGCAAGAUUGUGGUGGCCACUAACAUCGCUGAGACUUCCAUCACUAUCAAUGGAGUUGUAUUUGUCAUCGACUGCGCGUUUGUGAAGCUGCGAGUCUAUAACCCCAGCACUGCCAUCGAAUCUCUGGUGGUAACUCCCAUCUCCAAGGCUUCAGCCAGCCAAAGAGCAGGCAGAGCCGGGCGAAACCGACCAGGGAAGUGCUUUAGACUGUACACAGAGGAGGACUUUGAGAAACUGCCUGCCUCCACUGUGCCAGAGAUGCAGCGCACCAAUUUAGCCCCUGUCAUCCUGCAGCUCAAAGCGUUAGGCAUCGACAACGUGCUGCGGUUCAGCUUCCUUUCUCCUCCUCCAGCUCAGACCAUGGUGCAGGCUCUGGAGCUGCUCUACGCUCUAGGAGGUCUGGACCAUUACGGACGUUUGACUGAUCCCAUGGGUGUGCGGAUGGCAGAGUUUCCUCUCAGCCCCAUGUUUGCCAAGAUGCUCCUAGAGUCAGGAAACUUUGGCUGCUCCAAAGAGAUUGUAACUAUUGCAGCAAUGAUGCAGAUCCAGAACAUAUUUGUUGUUCCGCCCAAUCAGAAGAAAGCUGCUGCCCGAGAGCACAGGAAAUUUGCAGUUGCUGAGGGAGACCACCUCACAAUGCUGAAUGUGUAUGAAGCAUUCAUUAAGCACCAGAAGAGCUCCCAGUGGUGUCAGGAACACUUCCUAAACUAUAAGGGCCUGCUGCGGGCCGUGACUGUACGAGAGCAGCUGCGGCGGCUCAUGAACAAGUUUAAGGUGGCACGGACUUCCAGUGAAGGUGACCCUGAUGUGAUCUUAAAGUGCAUUGUAGUUGGGUUCUUUUCUAAUGCAGCCCGUAUUCAUCAUUCUGGUUCAUACCGGACUUUACGAGACGACCGUGAGCUUCACAUUCAUCCAAACUCUGUGCUGUUUGGCGAGAAACCUCCAAAGUGGGUUGUUUUUAACGAAGUGGUGCAGACAGCAAAAUACUACAUGCGUGAUGUGACUGCUGUUGAGUCAUCCUGGUUGGUUGAGUUGGCCCCUCACUUUUACAAGCAGGCCAAGCACGGUUCACUCGCCAGCAAGAGGUCCCGAGUCCUCUAAAUCUCACCAUCCUUACUCCACCUUAAGACGAGGAGAUACAUUGAGCUAUGAAGAGAGGCUCCCUCUCAAGUUGCCACUGUGGCCCUUUCCAUCUCAUUGUAUAUAAAGAUGUAUUAUAUAUUUAUGCCCUGAUCCACCUGCACAACCCCAUCACACAGUGUAGCCAUGCUAGAGUGGGAUUAAGUGGAUACAUUUUUAGGGAUGAUGAUAACACUUGGGACUUGCUUUAUUUGAAAGCGUCUGUCUUACGUUAAUGUAGUUCACAUUUUGGCCUCUGAGUAAUGAAUUUGAUAUGAGACCAGGCCGUGCCUGUCUUUUGUUCCCACAAGUUUAGUCAUGUAGUUCACUUCAAUUAUUCUUGUAUAUAGUCAGAGCAGGCUCAGGUCCAGGGAUAGACCCGUCCAUACCUGGUUCUUGGCUGUAUUAUUUUUUUAACUGCUGUAUUUUUCCUGUUGCAUGAUCCAUAAUGGAAGAUAAAGGACUGUGAGGAUGUUUCCGUUUGAGAGACUUGUGGCUAAGUUUUAUUUGGUUAAUUUGUUUCUCACACAACGCGGGAACCUUUAUGUUUAAACUCAUUUUAUUUCCAGUUAAGUUUUGAUAAUUUCAACUUUCUUUAUUUUCAUAAAGAAUGUAAUUUGGUUAUAUAUGUUUUCAGAGAUUUGCUGCAGAAGGAAACACAUUAUUUUUUAUUUUUCAAUCAACCCCAGAUCCUACAUCUAAGAUACUGUGAAAAGACUUACUGAACUUUGUUUCUCACUCUGUGUUGCCACUUUACUACAGUCUAGCUCAGACAUAGUGGCCUUGUCACCACUCUGUGCCAAUUUUCUUUAUCAGCCUAUUUCACAUUUCCUUUUCAGAUGGAAUGUGUAAAUGCACCUGAGCAUUUAAAAUGAAAAGCUGUGAAAUCAAAACUAUGAAGUGCCAUUUGUUCUUGUAAUGAAAAAGUGCAUUUAGACAUGCAUCCAAAGCCUCAAAGAAACAGUAGCAUUUAUUGGAUUUCAGCCAUCUCUUUGCCUUUCCUCCAGUGGAUUGUCUCGGUUUAGGGCAAGGAUUUUUUUGUACUUUUUUGUUCCCUGUUGCCAUCAAUUUCAUCUUCGAGGUGUUCAGGAGAAAAGCCAUUUGUUUGUGAUUUCCGUUACAAAUUUACAGCAUAUGUCCUACAUUUCUACUUUUGUUCAUUUUUGUAAUUUAUGGUUUGUUUUUCUUCAGAGGUAUUUGGCCCUGAAAGCGUCAGUGAGCAGUAUAUCAAAGGUUUUGUCAUUUUAAUCUGCUUCCAAACCAGUUAGAUCACUGUUACAAAAUUCAACUUCCACCUGCAUGGUUCUUUGUAGAUCUUGUUCUUAAGGUUACUACUGUAGAUUCAGUGAAACUGUAAUGAAACCACAGAACAACACCGUAGAGUAGACAAUUUAACCAACACAGAUGAGACGGGUAUACAAAUGAGGUACCUUUGCAUGCUGAACAGUACUCUGAUGUUAACACUUAAGAUCACCUUGUAGACUAAUUGCAAAUUAAACAUUUGCAAACCAGCUUGUUUAUCCUCAUUUGUGCUGAUACUCCUGAGUAUAUAUGCAGCCAAAGCAGUAACCUGUAGACCUGUGUAUUUGCUCACCUCUGAGAUAAAAACUGUCACAUGCCAUUUCUUCCUCACAUCCUCAAAUAAAGCCUUAUUGUCAUGCACAAAA